GAUGACAAGGAUGAUGAGGACUCUGAAAAGAUGAUGACGUGUCCUCCACUCUGUUCAACCCAACGAAAUCCCUCUCAAGUUUCAACAGUAUUAGCUUAGCUCCCUGUCUCAUCCCCUGCAACUUCUAGGGUUUUCAUUUCACGCACCCCAAAACCUCACAUUCUACUCUUACAAAUCUGCACAUUUCACCUCCAUUACUGCAAAUCUAAGCUUUAACUUAUACCUCUCACCAUUAAUCUCCAAUCACUGAGCCGUUCAUGGCCAAAACCAAACCAGGCAGAAAAGACCUCGACUCCUACAACAUCAAGGGUACAAAUAAAGUUGUCCGACCGGGUGAUUGUGUGUCGAUGCGUCCAUCGGACUCCGAUAAGCCCCCCUACGUUGCUCGUGUGGAGAAGAUUGAGGCUGAUCACCGCAACAACGUGAAGGUGCGUGUGCGAUGGUACUACCGACCCGAGGAGUCAAUUGGAGGACGCAGGCAGUUUCAUGGAGCCAAGGAGCUCUUCCUGUCGGACCACUACGAUGUGCAGAGUGCUCACACUAUUGACGGCAAGUGCACUGUCCACUCCUUCAAGAACUACACCAAGCUAGAAAAUGUUGGCGCUGAGGAUUACUUCUGCAGGUUCGAGUACAAAGCAGCCACUGGUGGCUUCACUCCCGACCGUGUAGCCGUGUAUUGCAAGUGUGAGAUGCCUUACAACCCUGACGACCUGAUGGUGCAAUGUGACGGAUGCAAGGAUUGGUUUCAUCCUUCAUGCAUGGGUAUGACCAUUGAAGAAGCAAAAAAAUUGGAACAUUUUUUGUGUUCUGACUGUUCGUCGGAUGAUGAUACCAAACGAGCCUUGAAUUCAUUCUCUGUAUCGCCAUCUGUUGAAGCAAAGGUGGAGACAAAGCGUCGAAAGAGAUGAGUAAAGCAAGGUGAUGUCUAAUGAGGGGGUACCUACUUUCUUGCAAAUUAGCUCCAGUACUACUGUUGUUGUUGUUGUUGUCGUUGUGGAAUUGUACAGUGCAGAGAAGAUACUUCACUUGCACAAACAAGAGGCUUUUUAUAAAUUAAACAUUUUCUGUUGUCUGUGUUCUCCGAACUUGGGGGAUGGCGGUGUUUUCUAUUAUGCCCUUGUGAGUGCAAUCUGUCCCAAAGUUGCUUUUAUCUUAUUUAAGUGGGAACCAUGAGUAUUCAUUGGACUAGGGAAAAAACAAUCUGUUGUGAGGAUU